AUGGAACAUGCAGUCAUGGGACCGGCUCCUGUGCCGAAGCAGUUCGUGUUGUGUUUUGACGGUACUGGCAACAAAUUUGCGGGAGAUGAAUCGGACAGCAAUGUGCUCAAGAUCUUUCGGAUGCUAGAUCGCAGUAAAAGCCACCAGUUCCACUACUACCAGCCGGGUAUUGGAACCUACGUGACCUCAAAAGGGUUUUCCAACACUGGCCGAUUCCAUCGGAUCAGGUCUGCCUAUCUGAAGGCCAAGGACUCCGCCAUCGGUUCCUCGUUCGAUGAGCAUGUCAUGGGUGGAUAUAAGUUCCUGAUGCGAUAUUACACCCCUGGCGAUGAAAUUUAUUUUAUUGGAUUUAGUCGAGGUUCCUAUAUUGCGCGCUUCUUGGCCGAAAUGCUCGACUUUAUCGGCUUACUCGAGGCCGGAAACGAGGAGCUUACUCGGUUCGCCUGGAAGACCUUCGCCAAAUGGCAGCAACGCCGGGGCGACACGCCAGAGGAAGUUGAAGAGAAGAGGAAGAUCUUCAAAUAUAUGAAGGCAUUCCGUGAAACCUUCAGUCGUCCAGUCACUCGUAUCAGGUUCAUGGGUCUUUUCGAUACUGUCAACAGUGUACCACGGUUCGAGUCUGCUUGGAUGCAGAGAAGCAAAUUCCCGUAUACUGCUCGCAGUUCCGCAAGGGUCAUUCGACACGCCGUUGGAAUCGAUGAGCGCCGGGCCAAAUUCCGGCAAGAUCUGAUCUCGGGGGCAAGACCCUGGGUCGAUAAAAAGCCAAAGAAGCAUGAUCUUUGGCCGCUUCAUCUGCACGAUCUGCAGCAUCAUCUUCACCUCGGAGGAGAAAAGCCCGAGGAAGUGCCUUCCAUCGUUGUGAACGACGGUACCAGUGGGCAGAAUAACACGAACAAUACCGCACCAGAACAGGGCCAGGGAGAUGCCGAGUCGUUUUACCGCGUUUCACACAGAUUGCAUCAUGAAAACAAUCGAUACCGCGCACCUUCACCCUCCAAGAGUCGGAAACCCAGUUUGGCUGUCCCACUUCCGACUGCAUCCACCGAGGAUUUAACCUCUAUUAAAAGUGGACAUUCGGGGAUCUCCCUUCAAAUCCCUGGUGCAGCCAGUGAUGAGGACGAUGAUGACGAAGUUGGCCAAGACGUCCAAGAGGUGUGGUUCCCCGGCUGCCAUGCUGACAUUGGUGGCGGUUGGGGGCUCAGUAAAGACGAAGAUUGGUCACUCAGCCACGCGCCUUUGGUCUGGAUGGUGCAGGAAGCGCAGCGUGCAGGCCUUCAAUUCGACACUGAAAAGCUUAAGCAGUUCGAGUGUUGCGAAGAAUUCGAUGGCCAGUACUCCCCCGUUCGGGGAAGAUUCUUCCAUAACCGUCAUGCCCACAGGUCAACUCAUCACCACGAUCAUCUCAGCCCCGAACAGGCAAACACUGAGCGGGAGGCCUUUGACCUGGCUUUCAAUGGUGGGGACGAAAAACAGCAGUCUCCUUCGAGUUACAACUACCAUAAAGCCCUUGAACUUGCCAGCACCAAGGGAUUGAUACAUGACUGUCUGUCGUUCAACAAUGGCUUGCCGCCUUUGUCCGUGAUUACAUGGCGGUUGAUGGAGUAUCUUCCGUUCCGUCGAAUGGACCUGCAGUCAGAUGGGUCCUGGAAGCCAAUCAGAUGGCCGCUUCCGUGUGGCGAAGUGCGUGAUAUCCCCGCUGAUGCUCAAAUUCAUGUCUCUGCCAUUCGCCGUAUGGAGGCCGAUCAAAAUUACCGCCCAGGUAAUCUGAUUGUCGGAGGAGGUGGACGAGGUAUCAGGGUCGCCCCUCCGGAGUAUGGAAUUGGAGAAUGGACAAUCAAGGCUCACCCAGGAGAUCCUGUGAAGCAGGUUUAUGUGCGAACUCACCCGCCAAAUUUGUGCAAGGAUGAUGACCACCAGUAA